GGAUUCCUGUUCUAUCCACAUUACCUACCUACAGUACCUACACCCUAGUGAGUACAUACAUAGUACAGUACGUACAUACACCGUACAUAUACCGUAAGGAGGUGGGUUUUAUUCGGUCUUGUGUCAUCCCUCGGGAAGGAUUUUCCUUUUUCCUGCUUCAUCGUGGGAAUCAAUUUUCUCUCUUUCUGGUUUUUCUUGUCUGCUACUCCGUAUACUCCUGGAAGCCCACAUAUCCACCCCGUCAUGCAGGGAACGGAGUGCCGAUCUCGGAAACUUAUCAGAUGGGCCCAAACUACCCAACAUUCCCUCCCCUAUGCCGCCUUGUCUGAUUCAUGAACGAGAGUCUUUCAUCCCACGCUCGCUGUGACUGUACAGAAUAACACUUUCGCCCUAUUCCCUGCACUGCAAAAAUGUGCUCCAAGUUCUGGCCUAAGGGAGGCCUCCCUGGCAUCCUCCAUCAUUACACCGAAAGCCUCGUCACGUUUGAAUAUACCACCGGCGCCGUUCGGAAACCACAUAGUUUGAUCUUCGUUGGCGGUCUGGGUGAUGGUCUGGCAACGACCUCUUACAUGGCAGACCUGGUCCACGCCUUACAACCCACGGACUGGUCACUCUUCACCCUGAACCUCACCUCCUCCUAUCAGUCAUGGGGUCUGGGGCAUCUGGACCGAGACACGAACGAGAUCGCCCAAUGCCUCCAGUACAUCAAAGACUACAAGACCUCCAAGUUCGGCGACGGCAAGAUCGUGCUCAUGGGCCACUCCACCGGAAGUCAAUGCGUCCUACACUACUUGUCUCGGCCCAAUCCUCACACCACUACUGCACCCUUUGACCCGGAUCUCCAACACGUCAAGCGUCUGCCUCUUGACGGAGCAAUCAUGCAAGCGCCCGUGUCCGACCGGCAGGCCAUCCAGUUGGUUUUGGCGCACGGAUUUGGGGACAAAACCCCCGGUGAGAUCCGACCGAUCUAUGAGAAAGCAGUAGCCAUGGCGAAGGAGACCGUCGGCCAGAAUGAGUCCUGCGAUACGUUGCUCCCACUCUCCGUGACAUCGGGGAUCUGUUACCCAGGUCACACGCCCAUCACCUGUCGACGAUUCCUCAGUCUCGUCAGUCCGGAAAGUCCCCAGACUCCAGGAGAAGACGAUCUGUUCAGUUCGGACCUCGGGGAGGAGCAACUACGGAAGACCUUCGGAAUGAUCAAGCCACGGGGGCUUUUGAGACACAAGUUGAUGGUAUUGUUCUCGGGAGCCGAUCAGUCCGUACCCGGGUGGGUGGACAAGGAGGCCUUGCUACAGCGGUGGAAGAGCGCCACGGACCCCGAUGGUGAAGGUCAGAUCUGGGAUGAUGAGCAUACUGCAGUGGUGCCCAAUGCCUCUCACGCUUUGAGCAACGAUGAUCAAGCUGAGCCUCGGAGAUUUCUGGUGGAGAAGGUUAUGGGGUACCUGGACACGGCAGAGCAGGCGUGAAAUUGCUUUCCGGUGUCAUGUAAUCAUGAGAGUAAGUAGCUUUCUGCUAGGUAGCUAGCUGCCAUAUAUUCCUCAAUUCUUCAA